AUGGAUACCGAAGGUGCUAACCAGCAAUCGCGAGAAGAAGGUGAUGGAUCUAAGAAUGGUAGAGGUAGGGUUUUGACGGAGGAGGAGAACCCCUCUCCGACUGGGAAGAAACCAAAAGGGGAAGUUACAGAGGAUCUGACGAUGGACGAGGAGAUGAAUGAGGAUGAUGCGGCUGAUUCAGGAGGUCGUAAUCUUGUUCAUCUGAUACAAGACGUGAAGAUGACGGAGGGAAGCGGUGGAACUCGGGCAAGAGUGGUGUCCUAUAAGGACAAGCUUAUGAAGCUAAAUGGUAAUGGUGGUCAGUCGGAUACUGUAGACGACAACUGGAUCUUGCAACAGAAACGCGAGGAUGAGGAAGUUGAUCGUUUGGAAGGCUUGGGUCAGAUUGAGGAGGAGGAUCCUCUUUGCCCUACAGAGGAGCACAAGCAAGAUUGUGAGAAGUGGAAAAAGGCUCUGAUCAUCAAGAUGUUGGGCAAGCGAAUUGGUUUCAAGUUCUUGUUGUCCAGACUUCAGAGGAUCUGGAAUCUGGUGAGUUCCUAUAAAGCUAUAGAUUUGGAUAAUGGAUUUUUGUUACUAAGAUUCCAGGAGGAUGGUGAUUACCGUCAUGUACUCGAAGAAGGGCCUUGGAUUGUAAAUGACCACUAUGUGGUAGUCCAAAGAUGGAGGCCCUUGUUCGAUCCUUAUGACGACAGUGUCAAAAAACGGGCAGUUUGGGUGAGAAUCCCAGGUCUACCCAUUGAACUGUAUACCAUUCGUCAUUUAUGGCGAAUUGGUAACAUCUUUGGUCGCACUUUGAAAGUGGACAGGAAUUCCCUGAGGAAGAGUGAGUUUGGUGAGGAUGUCAUUACUGAACGUGCCAGGUUCGCCAGAAUCUGUGUUGAGGUAGACUUGAGGAAGACUUUCUUGCCUAAAUUCUGGAUAGGGAACAAGGUGUAUCAGGUGGGAUACGAAGGGCUCCACCUAAUUUGUUUCAAGUGUGGGGUAUACGGCCACAGAAAAACCCAAUGUCUUAUUGACCAAGUCCAUUGUACUCAGCAUGGAAUGGAAACUGUAGUUCAGGGUAAGGAAGUAACUGAGGAUGUUAUUUCAGAUCCAAAUAUAGUCAAAGAGGAGGAAGCUUUUGGAAAUUGGAUGGUGAUCCAAAGGCAACCCAAGAGCAGGAAACUAAAGGCUAAACCCCUCAGCCCUGUUAAAGGGGCCAUGGUGGAGCCAAAGCUUAACUCUGAUCCAGGGGGUACUAGUCCUAGUGGGAUGGUUACCAAGAUUAAUCUGGAUGGAGAGAUGAGUGGCAUGGAUACCAGUAAUGACAACAGGAAAGACCUUGAAGAGGUGGGCUGUGUGACCAGUUCUGUGGUUGGUGGGGUCUCUCUGGUGGCUGAUACCAAUGUUGUAGUGGCUUCUCAAAGCCCUCAGAAAAGUGGCAGAGCUACUGAAGUUGGAGUGAAGAAAUCCUUGUUGAAGGAGGGGAAGGACAGAUCCAAGACUGGUAUUAAGUCUCAGAAGAAGUAUGGAGUGGAGAAUGUACCUCCUUAUGCUGCUACAGAUGGACCAAUCAAAGGGCUAGUCAGGAAUAAGUCCAGAAAUUCUGACACUAAUCCUUCUGGUGGGGGCAUGGUGAAUACCAGUUCUAGAAAAGAAGCUAGUGGAGUGCUCUAUUCUGUGCUGGCUAAUAAUGCCAGUCCUGUUAGACUAAAGGAUGGAGUCAGUCCUUCCAAGUUGGUGGAUGGGCUGUCAGCCCACCAGGGGAGUGGGGGAGAGGAAAUUAUUAGGAAGCUGGGUUUUCCUAAUUAUUAUAGACAGGAUCCUGUUGGGUUUUCGGGUGAGAUUUGGUUGCUUUGGGAAGGUAGCAUGGUGGAUGUGCAGGUGUUAGAUAAUCAACAUCAGUUUAUUCACACCAGGGUGUCCUAUUUGGAGUCCUUGGUUUCUGAGUUUGUCAUCUUUGUUUAUGGUAGUCCUAGGAGGUUGGAGAGAAGAUCCUUAUGGGCUGACUUGGAGACUAUCAGUUCUGGGGUAGCUGGUCCUUGGAUGGUUUUGGGGGACUUCAAUGUUAUUCUCAAGGCUUUUGAGAAGAUAGGGGGAAGGAUCUUUGCUAUAAAAGUAUGGAAGAAUUUAAUCAAUGUCUAA